AUGGACAAACCGCAAACAAAUGGACAUUCUUUACUACAAAAUGGAAGUGAUGAAGAGUUCGAAUUGAUGGGGGACAUGCCUCGAGAAGAUCCAGUUGUUCUUGAACGUCGUCGUUCACGUAACAACGAAAUAACUAAAAAAUUGGGAGCCUAUCUACUCAAAGGUUAUUGUAUGCUAAGCGAUGCUUGUCCAGAGUGUGAUUGUAUUCUUCUUCGAACACCGGAACGUGAAUUACUUUGUGUUGGUUGUGCUGAAGUUGAUGUUGACAAUAACAAAGCCGAGAAAGAACCAGCGACAGUAGAAAAAGAUGCGCGUGAAACUUCAGCUGAGUCCAACACUAAGAAGAAAGAACGUGUAAAACGCACGAAAAAACGUAGUAAGAAAACAUCAUCGACAUUCGACGGUGAAGUCGCCCCCACUGAAAGUGCAAGCUAUUCAGCUCAACUGGAAAACAAACUCAAAUGGGCCGUUGAUGAAUUAGCAAAAUCUCAAAGUCCCAAUCGCAUCACUGCGAUGUGUACAGUUAUCUGCAAAUUAACCGAAUCGAUCAAAGCAUUAAAAGAAUACGAAACAGCAUCCGUUUAG